AUGGAAGCAGUGGUUAUAAAGCUUACCCACAUUUUCCCCUCACCAGUACGAAGAGGUGGCAACACCACAUUGCGGUGCACACUGAUUGGAAAUUCAUACAAGAAAAUCAGAGGAGCUGUACUUAAUAAUGCCUAUGUAAUACAACAGACUGCCAUUCAACUUGCUGAAAUAAACCAAACGACGUUGAUUCAGUGGUAAGUUACAAUAACAAACCUUGAAGACCUUUAUUCCCUUGUAUGAACAAUUUAAACAAAACGUAAUCUUAUGAAAACAAAAAUGAUUCAAUCAGAAUUCAUCAGAACACAGUCGAGAAUAAGUACUUCAUUUUUCAGUCUGAGAGUUUCUAAUUGAGUUCUUGAGGUCAGUAUUCAUGAUUGCCUUCCAGGUGCAACAAGCGUUCAAGAAAACAGGAGGAGGACGUCCUCAAACAAGGUAUUACUCUACCUUCUCCAGUGGCAUCCACUAAUACUACAUUGCCACAGCCGAGUGUCAACCAAGAGAAACAUACCUUCCAUCUGCCAGUCAACACAGCAGGCCAAGCAUUUGUAAGAAAGAUAACCAGGCCUUCAGUAUUACCUAAAUUACCUCAGUUGCAUUCAGCAAAUGUGAUCGUCGUGAGCCCCUUCGGGCCUGUAACCGCAACCCCUGUUACAAUUGCAGUACCUGCAGUACCAAUUCCUGCUAGCACCUAAAGUUACAGGAAGAGAAAAGAGGAGGAGGCAAAAGCGUCCGCAGUGCCACUAAAAAAGUACAGGCCAAGAACUGGGGCCUCUGAAUGUUCAAAAUGUCAGAAGGAUAGAACAUCUGCCACAGGACACCAUCAGUAAUUGGGUAACUGGUUUUGUCCCCAAACUGCAACAGAAACCUACGAGGGUUGGAGAGCUCGCUUACAAACAGAAAAAGAAUAUAAAAAAACAUAAGCAAUCAAUAGUUAUGUUCAAACUACCAUUAGCCGAUUUCUAAAGACACGGCUCACCAUUCAAUAGAUUGUAAUUAAAACCCUGCCAAGGUUACCGUUAUUGAUCAGCAUUGAGUCAAAUGUAAAAAUAUGUGAUUUUAUAUUUACACCUUACAAUAUCAAAAUAUUCUUACUUAACACAAUUGUUUUGAUAAUACCGUCGUUUGCAAGAGUGAUUAUUUUGUUGUAUAGUUACACAUCAAUUUUUUCAGUGUGUUCUCCUUUUACUUAUGUACAGGACAGCUGCAAGAUGACAUCGUUUGAAUACGGCUACCAGAAUUCUAGACUUUCUAAAUGCCAAGCACAAUCAUUCAGCUUGUUAUGUCAUUGUGCUAAUUGAUUCUUUUGACCUUAGUAGCAUUACUACAUUUAAGUAAGAAAGAAAAAUAAUAGGAAUUCUGAUAGCUAGAAUCAAACGACGUCAACGGCGUGAAAUUAGCCUACUAGUGAUAAGUGAGCUUCUCUGUAGAGAAUGUAAGUAUUUUUUAAUAAUAUUGUCCAAUUUUUGCCUCUAGAACAAUCUAGCAAAUAUACAGUUAUUUUUUCAGUGUUACUGUGGUUUGGAGGUGUCUUUGUUCAUUAUAACCUUUGCAGACUCUAAGCAAAUCUUGUUGAACGGCUUAAUAUAAGAAAUCCCCUCCGCCUUUGUAGAAAUUUCAUGCCCCGUCUCUUUUGUAGCUGAGAUAUUCCAGGAAUGCACAGGGAAUCCCCACUACCAGCAACUACCAACAGAGAAGUUCGCGUGGGAUUUUUUGCGCCUAAAAAUAUCUUAUCUUCGGUGCUUACGUUAUCCAAUCAAAUCGCUUGCAGUUCCAAAUUGGACUUCCAUAUUUGGAAAAUCGAUUGCGCGCUGUUUACAGCCUUCCGCCAUGUUGGAUUUUUGUAGCUUGUGAGUUUGAAAUAGAACGAGAAAGUCACGUAGUUAUACUGUAUUUUUCUUGCUGAUCUUUUAGUCCUGUUUAGAUCACCUGUUUUCCUAGCCAGAUCCGAGUUUAGUUAGUUCAUUCGCUGAUAUUUUCCCCAGGAAAUUCGGAGGCUUUCCAGACCGUGUUCAUGAAUAAUUUAUCGUUCUGCCCCAUUGCUCGUGGUAUCGACACUGUAUCGAAGGUUGAGAAAUAACACAUUUAAAGGUAGGUUUUUGAGCUUUUUACCUGUAUUACAGAAGCAAUAAACAUUAGUUUAAGUAGUGAAAAUCGAUUCAAGGAAAUCGUUGCAGUUAUAGUUUCUAUAUUGAAGAAUUUUCUUGCUUCACCCACAUAAAUAAUUCAUUCAGUUAUUCUGCUCUCUUGAUUUACAGGAUUUAUAGAGGUCAUCAUAAAGUCAUUUCUACAAGAUGUUUUUCGUGCUGUAACGCCAAUUUUGGUAGGAAUAUUUUAUAUGUUUUGCAUUAAGCCGAAUGUGCCGGUCAGUACAGUCAAAGACAGCUCUGCAAAAUAUUUGUCUGAAAAGUAUAUGUGAUUCUUUGUGCGUGUUGUGUGACCUCUGCUGAAGUGUUGUACUUGUUUGUUCUUGUGUGGGUGCAAUUACUAAAAAAGUAAAAACAAAUUCCUGUGGUGUAAUGGUAUCACACUGGACAGCUUUUGUUCAGAAAUUCAGGUUCGACUCCUGACAGGUCUCUUAUAUAUUGCACCUUUUGUGAUCAUGUUAUGUGACCGUGAGAGUAUGGUGUGGCUGACUAGGUCACAUAUAUUAAUUCUAAACUAAUUUCAACGAUACACGUUCAUGAAUCAUCAUUUUGCUAUUUUUGUAAAUUUCUCUAUUUCCUCACACACCAAAUUUUUUAUGGGUUGCAUAAUUAGAGUGUAGGAGUGGUAAACACCUAUUUCCUUUUGGCAAAUGCUUUUUAAUAGGCUAUGAUUCAUGUCCUUGCCUAAUUUGGUGAAAAUUUAUUCCUACAAAAUUUCCUGUUAGCUAUAUAUUUGGCUUACUUUUCCUCAGUAGGUUCAUUUAGUUCAGUUGGUUAGCCUAAACAAUAAGUGCCUUUUUGCCAGACGUGUGUCAACUGUUUUGGAAGCCUUUCUCUUUGAUUUCACAUUGCUUCUCCUAGAAAUGUCCAAGUUGCUACCACAGUUUCAUCACCACGUGCGACAUAUGUUGAGAAAUUUGAACAGGGACUUGAAGCUGUCCAAAUGAAACAGAAAGAACGAGAGAAAACUGCCUCCGCAAAGACUGCAGCUGCUGUAACCCAAUUACUGAACAAAAAUGCCCCACCAUCAUUAGUAGUAAAAAGAGCUCUGGCAUCCAAGUCAGUUCGUCCUAUUGUACGGGCAAAUGUUUCAUCUGCAAGAAGCAGCACCGCUACUGCCAUGGAUAAAAGAACCACUGCUACUGCCACUGCCACGGCAACUGUCAUGACCACUACCACUGCCAAUGUCACCGCAACUAAAAGCACCACAGUCACUUCAAUGGAUACCAUGACCUCUAAUUCCUUUCCUGCUCACGAGGAAUUAACAGAUGCUGAACUGUUGGCGGCUGCUCAACCUAUUGCCUUGUCCUAUACUGAAGGUGUGCCCCAAGUUGAUAAAGUAUUUCUAAUAUAAUAUUUUUAUGGGGAGGUCAUUAUGAGGGUGGCUUUGAGGAAGGAUAGACUGAUAGACUGACUGACUGACUGACUGACUGAAUGACUGAAUGACUGAAUGAAUGAAUGAAUGAAUGAAUGAAUGAAUGAAUGAAUGAAUGAAUGAAUGAAUCAAUGAAUGAAUAAAUGAAUAAGAAACUCACUAAGUAACUAGCUUACUAACUAACUAAAAAAUCAUAAAUAAAGAAAUACAUACAUAAGUAAUCUAAUAAAUCAAUAAAUAUAGCUGAAAUAUUUUUAUUAAUUUAAUUUUUAAUUAAUUAAUUAAAUAAAUUAUAGCUAUGAUAGUUAUGUGUUUGCUAACAGAUAAUUAUGUAUAUGAAUUUUUUUUUGCACCUGCAGAAUACCCUUUGCCAGGUAGCUGGCGCAAAUACUUGCCAGAGGUUGACCACCAGUGGAUAUCAAAAGCACUGGUCAAAUGGUCUGCAACAGGCAAGCCAGAAAUAGCCUACAGCCAGAUAAAUAAGUUGUGGUGGCAUCCUCCUUAA